GGGAAAUUUGCUGCUACAUCAACAAGCCCUACUCCACCAUCUCCCACAGCAAACUUCAAUUCCAGAAGCUUGAAGAAUGCCAUCGUUUCCUCAGCCAGGCUCGGUUACCGUAUGCGAGAUUAACAGAGACCUGAUUACCGCCGAAAGUCUUUCCGACGAUCAAGCAAAGGAGACUUAUGGAAAAAUUCUUGGAGUAGUUUUCAGUGCAAUUCCGUAUCAGUUAGAUUAUCCGCUGUCGCAAAGUCCUGAUAGAGGCGUAGAAUCUCCGGUGAGCCGUCUGUGGGGGUUACUUCAAGCUGUCUCUUAUGGUCCACUUAAAAACCUUGUUGGUUCUGAUGAUGAGAGAUUAUUGCCGAAUGUUGAUCUCCGAUGUCUUAGUUGGCACCAGAAAAAAGAUAUUUUGGCAUUUGUUUCUGCACGGAAUCAAGUAACCAUUCGUGAUUAUGGAGAUUCAGGAGAGGGAAAGGACCCUUGUGUUCUGAUGAAUGAUCUUCAAAGGGAAGUUAAACUUCUGGAAUGGAGGCCAAAUGCGGGGAAGACACUUUCAGUAGCCUGCAAGGGUGGAAUUUGCAUUUGGUCUGCUUCAUAUCUUGGAAAUAGCGCAUGUAUGAGAUCUGGAAUUAACUCUGGCAGCCUCUCUAGAGGUUCUGGAGUUAGAUGGACUCUAGUGGAUUUUCUACGAAGUCAUGGUGACGAACAAAUAAGUGCACUGUCAUGGAGUCCGGAUGGAAGAUAUGUAGCAUCUGCCUCAUAUGAGAGCUCGUCAUUCACCAUAUGGGAUGUUGCUCAAGGGGUGGGCACACCCAUUCGGCGAGGAUUAGGGAGCAUAUCAUUGCUUAAAUGGUCUCCUACCGGAGAUUAUUUCUUUGCAGCAAAGUUUGAUGGAACAUUCUAUCUGUGGGAGACAAACACAUGGACAUCAGAACCAUGGUCUUCAACAAGUGGCUUUGUCACUGGAGCAGCAUGGGAUCCUGAUGGGCGUAUGAUUCUUAUUGCUUUCUCCGAAUCGUCAACAUUAGGUUCUAUUCAUUUUGCUACAAAGCCUCCAUCACUUGAUGCACAACUGUUUCCUGUUGACCUGCCAGAGCUGAAAUCUUUGACCAACAGUGGAGGUAUUGAGAAGAUAGCAUGGGAUGCUUCAGGAGAGCGUUUGGCCGUGUCUUAUAAAGAUGGAAACGAGCUGUACAAGGGUCUGAUCGCUCUAUAUGAUGUUAAAAGGGCUACACUCAUUACGCCAUCAUUAAUCGGCUUCAUCAGAGGGCCUGGAGAUGAUCCAAAGCCGCUAACCUUUUCAUUCCAUGACAAGUUUAAACAGGGGCCGCUGUUAUCUGUUUGUUGGAGCAGUGGAAUUUGCAUCACGUACCCGCUCAUGAUUCGUUCACAUGUACUUGCGUAGCUCAGCAUAUGCAUCUGGGAUGGAAGGGAUUAUAGAAGGAAGAUUCCAUGAUUUGCUUCAAUAGGUGGUAGAAAUGGUUAUUAAUACCAAUGUGUUUAGGGAUAUGAUAUAACUUUGAUGUUUUUUGUAACAUCACAAGUUAUUUGGAUUUUGACAACAAAUUACAGUUUUUUAUUUAUUGUUAUU